CUUUUUUUCUGACUGGCAUCUGCGAUAAUCCUCCACAUAGUACUUGGUAUCUAUAUAUCACGUGAUCUGUAGAUAUGGCUAUACCAGAUGACUAAGCGCAGAUAACGGAUCACGCCAAGAGCCGGACAAUCUCCUUCCGCGAAUUUUUUUGAAUUUCGGAGAUCGCAAAAUCGAUAGAGACAGCGCUCGUUUCUGCAGCGCCAAACAGCAAUCAUGGUCUCUGAAAAGGCUCUCACCACCAAGGUGACCACUGGGUCGCCAUACCAGCUCGAAAAUGGCCAGGUCCUCAGAGCUUCUACCGCACUUCUGCGACACCUAAAAACCCAACAGAAACAGAAGGAGGAGACGUCGACGAAGAAGACGCUGAUUGGAGAUAAUGACGAUGCAUCUGAUGAGGACGUUCCUAUCAACAAUGAACCCGUCUGGAUGGUUCUCACCACGAAGAAGCAUGUCGUGGACAAGAACCGCUUGAAGCCUGGCAAGAUCACCAUCCCGCAUUCGCUCAAUGCUGCUUCGUCUCUGAGUAUCUGCUUGAUCACGGCGGAUCCUCAGCGUGCAUUCAAGGACGUUAUCGCCGACCCCGCAUUCCCUUCGUCUCUUUCUUCCCGCAUCAACAGGGUCAUUGGUUUCUCCAAGCUGAAGGCCAGAUACCAGAGUUUCGAGAGCAGACGGCAGCUUCUCGCCGAGCAUGAUGUCUUCUUGGCCGAUGACCGAAUCAUCAUGCGAUUGGUUCCGACACUCGGAAAGAUAUUCUACAAGUCUAGCAAGCGUCCGAUCCCUGUGCGCAUUGCUGGGAUCGAGAAGGUCGACGGCAAAAGAGUGAAGAAGGACCCGAAGAAGAAGUCUGCAAACGACGAGAAAGACGCAUCGGUUGCAUCGCCGCUGAUCGUCGCCAAAGAGAUCGAGAAGGCCUUGAACUCUGCACCUGUCCAUCUAGCUCCGUCCGCGACCACGGCUAUCCGUGUCGGUGUCUCUAACUUCACCCCGCAGCAGCUACAGGAGAACAUCGAGGCUGUGGUGAAGGGCUUGACUGAAAAGUUUAUUACGAAGGGCUGGAGGAACAUCAAGGCGAUCCAUAUCAAGGGCCCCAACACCAUUGCGAUGCCCAUCUGGCUGGCCAGUGAGCUGUGGGUUGAGGAAACCGAUGUGCUGGAGGAUGCUGCAGAGACCAAGGCUAUCGAGGGUGCAAAUGACAAGAAGAGAAAGUCGAGCGCUGAAGAGCCCAAGCUGCUGGAGGAGAACAAAAAGAAGAAGAAAUCCAAGACCGCAGACGACGAGGAUGAUGCCGCGGCGCUUGCGGCGAGGAAGCAGAAGCUCCAGCAACAAAAGGCUAAGGCUCUGCAGGAUGGCGGCGACGCUGCCAUCGAGACGCUUGCUGCUGCUGCGCAAAGCGCAUCCAGCUCCGGCAAGAAGAAGCGGAAGUCUCUGUCGUGAUCCUCGCGCAGUGGUGUUUUCCUGGUUUGUUCGUGCUUGCAUAUAUGGGUACAAUUAGGCGGCGUCUGAAUCUCACGUGUAUCAAGUUUCCAAUUGGGGCACAGGGAGUGUCUUCGAUACCCCUUUCGAAUAAAAGUUACCCUGCUGUAUUAGACUCCCCAUAAUCUCUAGCUCCUGCAGCAAAAUUAAAAGCCUGUAUACAGUUCUCCUGUAGUGACG